CGCGCCCGGCAGCCCCGGGCCCGGCGCUCUCCCGCCCGGUGCGGGUCCGGGCCCGGGCUCGGCGCGGCGCGGCUCGGCCCGCCGCAGGGAGGAUGGGGCAGCCGCGGAGUCCGGCGAGCGGCAGCGGCCCGGCGGCGCAAUGACCGGCGAGAAGAAGAAGAAGAAGCGGCUCAACCGCAGCGUCCUGCUGGCCAAGAAGAUCGUCAUCCGGGACGGGGCCGGCCGCCAGGGGAUCGGAGAGCCCAGCGUGUACCACGCCGUGGUGGUGAUCUUCCUGGAGUUCUUUGCCUGGGGGCUGCUGACCACACCCAUGCUGACGGUGUUGCAUCAGACUUUCCCUCAGCACACCUUCUUGAUGAAUGGCCUGAUCCAUGGAGUCAAGGGUCUGCUUUCUUUUCUAAGUGCCCCGCUGAUUGGUGCUCUCUCUGAUGUCUGGGGCAGGAAAUCCUUCCUCCUCCUCACUGUCUUCUUCACCUGUGCACCAAUUCCCCUUAUGAAGAUCAGUCCUUGGUGGUACUUUGCUGUCAUUUCCAUGUCUGGAGUCUUUGCUGUCACCUUUUCUGUGAUCUUUGCUUACGUUGCUGACAUCACCCAGGAGCAUGAACGCAGCACUGCCUACGGCUUGGUGUCAGCCACCUUCGCUGCCAGCCUGGUCACGAGCCCGGCGAUUGGAGCUUACCUUUCUGAGGCCUAUGGUGACACCUUGGUGGUUGUGCUGGCUUCAGGGGUGGCUUUGCUGGACAUUGGUUUCAUCCUGCUGGCUGUGCCAGAGUCCCUGCCAGAGGAGAUGCGCCCUGUCUCCUGGGGAGCCCCAAUCUCCUGGGAGCAAGCAGAUCCCUUUGCUUCCCUGAGGAAAGUGGGUCAGGAUUCCACGGUGCUGCUGAUCUGCAUCACUGUCUUUCUCUCCUACCUUCCUGAAGCUGGCCAGUACUCCAGCUUUUUCCUCUACCUGAGACAGGUCAUUGGCUUCUCCUCAGAGACUGUGGCAGCCUUUAUCGGUGUGGUUGGCAUUCUCUCUAUACUGGCACAGACGGUGGUGCUGGGGAUUCUGAUGCGUUCCAUAGGGAAUAAAAACACCAUCCUGCUGGGCCUGGGCUUCCAGAUCCUGCAGCUUGCCUGGUAUGGCUUUGGGUCACAGCCUUGGAUGAUGUGGGCAGCAGGAGCUGUGGCUGCCAUGUCCAGCAUCACCUUCCCAGCCAUCAGUGCCAUGGUGUCCAGGAAUGCAGAUCCUGACCAGCAGGGUGUGGUGCAGGGGAUGAUCACUGGAAUCCGGGGGCUGUGCAAUGGCCUGGGCCCAGCACUCUAUGGCUUUGUCUUCUAUCUCUUCCACGUGGAGCUGAACGAGAUGGCAGAGGUGGAGACCUUGGGUAAGGCCUCCAAACCCAACAUGGCCAACCCCACAGAUGAGAGCAGCAUUAUCCCAGGGCCUCCAUUCCUCUUUGGGGCCUGCUCUGUCCUGCUGUCGCUCCUGGUGGCCUUGUUCAUUCCUGAGCACAACCUGACCCUGAGAGCAGGAGGCCACAAGAAGCACAGCAACGGAGCCCAGACCCACAGCCACGGCCCCCAGGCUGCAGGCUCAGAGGGCAAGGAGCCCCUGCUGGAAGACAGCAGUGUGUGAGGGUGGGAGAGAAAGACCUGGCUCCUGUCUCAGCUCCAGAGCAAGGAUGGACUCAGCAAGUGGGAGUUUGGGAUGAGAGGGCUGGGGGAGAGACCUGAGGUGACAAACUGUACCCACUAAGAGCCAGUGAGGAGGGACAGGGCUUCCCUUCAAGCCAAACACACCCAGCUGGUGCAGAAAGGGGCUUGUGCCACCUGGUGCUGGUGGAAAGGGGAGAUGCUG